GGCUCAUAAAGGGGCUGGCUGAUGGAGCGACGGGAGCAGCUGGGAGCUGACAGGUAGAGAACUCACUCGUUAUUGCCUGAGGAGUACCUAGCGCUACACCCCACAACCAUGGGCGGGGACCUGAAAGUGAAGAUGCUGGGGGGCCAGGAGUUCCUCGUGCCCAUGAACAACUCUAUGACAGUGCCAGAACUGAAAAGGCAGAUCGCCAAGGAGACUGGAGUGCCUGCCUUCCAGCAGCGCCUAGCUAUCCAGCCAAGCAACAGGGUGCUGCAGGAUGGGUUCACCCUCACCCAGCAGGGCUUGGCCCCGGGCAGCAUACUCCUGCUGUUGGUGGAGGACUGCGAAGAUCCCUUCAGCAUCCUUGUGAGGAAUGACAAGGGACGCAGCCGCUUGUACGAGGUCCAGCUGACACAGAAGGUGGCGGCGCUGAAGAAGCAGGUGUGCCAGCAAGAGGGGGCACGGGAAGAUAUGUUCUACCUAAGCUUUGAGGGGAGGGCUAUGGAGGACGAGCACAUGCUGGGCGACUAUGGUCUCAAGUCCCAGUGCACCGUGUUCAUGAAUCUGCGCCUUCGUGGGGGCAGGGCAGGGCCCUCAGAGCACUGUAGAGGGCCCCCCGCUUGAAUCAAGCUUUGGUAAUAAAUGCGGAUGCAGAGAAAGCA